GCUAUAAUAUCGAAAAGAAUGUUAUUGAAUAAAUUAUAUCGCUUUAUUUAUCUUAUCUCAUUUACUUUACAUCAUGUAAAUGCAAACAAAGCACUGCCGAAAAAUGCUAUUUUACUUUUGGCUGAUGAUGGAGGAUUUGAAAUGCGAUCCUAUUUAAAUAAAAUUUGCCAAGCACCUAAUCUAGAUAAUUUAGCAAAAGAAAGUUUACUAUUUAACAAUGCGUAUACUUCAGUGAGCAGUUGUUCUCCAAGUCGUUCUUCUUUACUCACUGGGUUACCCAGUCACCAAAAUGGAAUGUAUGGUCUUCAUCAUGGAAUUCAUCAUUUUAAUUCAUUCGAUAAUGUUCAAAGUUUACCAAAAAUAUUGAAAAAUCAUAAUAUAAGAACAGGUAUUAUUGGCAAAAAACAUGUAGGACCAAGUGAUGUAUAUCCAUUUGACUACUCACAGACAGAAGAAAAUAAUUCUAUACUUCAAGUUGGCAGAAAUAUUACCAAAAUUAAGCUCUUAGUAAGAGAAUUCCUUUCCCAGAAUAAAACCCAGUACGAACAUAUUAUACUUCAUAUUAUUUUAUGUCUGUUGAUACAACAGUACUACCAAAAAUAUGGAAAUUUUUGUGAAAAAUUUGGGAAUGGAGAUGUUGGUAUGGGCACUAUUCCUGACUGGAAUCCAAUAUAUUAUCAAUGGGAUCAGGUGAAAGUUCCUUACUUCGUUCAAUAUACAGAAGCUGCUAAGCGAGAUAUUGCCGCUCAAUAUACAACUAUUUCUCGUUUGGAUCAAGGUGUAGGUUUAGUUUUGAAGGAACUGGAGGAUGCUGGUUUUAAAGAUAAUACUCUAGUAAUCUACACAUCUGAUAAUGGUAUACCAUUUCCAAGUGGUCGAACAAAUUUAUAUGAACCAGGACUGGCAGAACCUAUGAUGAUUCGGUCGCCAAUUGCUAAUCAUAGGAAAAAUAGUGUAACACACAGCUUAACAUCCUUACUAGAUAUUGUACCAACAUUACUGGAUUGGUUUAACAUACCCUAUACGAAUCAAUCCAAUACUUCAUUUGAUGCAAAUGGAGCACAUCCUCAUUUAACAGGAAAAUCACUUCUUCCACUUCUUGUUGAAGAACCCAUUGAAAAUAAUACAGCUGUUUUUGCUAGUCAAACACAUCAUGAAAUUACUAUGUAUUACCCCAUGCGUGCUAUUAGAACUAAAAGAUACAAACUCAUACAUAACAUAAAUUACAAAAUGCCAUUUCCUAUUGAUCAGGAUUUCUAUGUAUCACCAACCUUUCAGGAUCUUUUGAAUAGAACUAGACAGAAAGAACCACUUAAGUGGUACAAAACACUAGAAACCUAUUAUGAAAGACCAGAAUGGGAAUUAUAUGACUUAAAAUAUGAUCCAGAAGAGAGAAAUAAUAUUGUCUUUAAACCAACUGCAAAGCAAACAUUUAUUGACUUGCAAGAAAGACUAUUUAAUUGGCAGAAAGUAACCAAUGAUCCAUGGCUCUGUGCACCAAGCGGAGUUCUUGAAAACAUUGGAACUAAGAGUUCUCAAUGUAUGCCACUUGAAAACUUUAUUUAAGAAGGAUUUAUUAAAGAGUUCCUUAUAAUAACAUUAGCCUCGCUUUGAAUUAUGUAGACUGCAGCAACAUUCAUAUUUAUACAUAUUUUGAUACAAUUUUGAUAAUAAAAAUAUAAAAAAACUAUACAAGUUGUUUGUCAAACCUUUGAUCAAACUUUUUCAGCCUAAUUUAUUCAAAAUAAUAAAUGUAUUUAUUUACAUUUCAAUAAUUGAAUGUCAACAUAACUGCAUAAGCACAAUAUAUAGUUUAUCAAUAAAUUU